UGUGUGUGUGUGUGUGUGUGUACACUGGUGUUUGUUUUACAUUAAAAUAAGGUCACUGUAAUGAGGAGGAAACGGAAACCAUAGUUCAAUCACUCUCUCUCUCGUACUUCUCUUUCUGUCUCACAAUUCACAAUUCUCUGACACAAAGAAUCAAUGAGGAAGUAAAGACUCAGAAGUUGUUUCUCUUUGAUGGCAGUUUUGUAUUUUGGAGGGAAACAUUUUCAGCAUGGAUGUCUGCAGGGACUGGGUUCACUGUGUUCAGUUUGGGUUCUACAUUCCCAUCCUCGUGGCCGGUUUUCCUUUAAACAUGGCCGCCCUGUGGCAGCUUUUCUUCCGCCUUCGUCACUGGAGUGAAUCCACCAUUUACCUGCUGAACCUCGUCAUUAAUGACUGUCUGCUCCUUCUUGCACUCCCUUUUAAAAUCAUGGCUUACCACGAGCCGUGGAAACUCGGGAGAUUUUCCUGUUCACUGUUUGAGAGUUUUGUCUACGUCAACAUGUACGGCAGCAUCCUGCUGAGUGUGUGUAUCUCUGUGGAUCGUUAUGUUGCUCUACACUUUCCCUUCCGACGCCUGCGAUCUAAAAGGAAGGCCGUGUUCAUCUGCGCACUGGUGUGGACGUUAGUUUUUGGGUUUAGCUACCCGGUUUAUGAUCUUCAUGGGGUCAGCAGUAAUGAGUCCUUCUGCUUUCAGAACUUUUCCAAACAAACAUGGGAUAAAGUGUGGAUUAUAGUGUGUGUGGAGUGUGUGUUUUGGGGCAGCACCGUUGUCAUGGUCCUGUGCUCGGUGAAUGUUGUUAAAACUCUGCACGAUUUACGCAAACGGAACCCUAAUGAUGCUAAACUACGAAACAACAAGAGUGUAAAGAUUGUGCUCAGCAACCUGGUGGUGUUCCUGUUGUGUUUCAUUCCUUAUCACAUUUCUGUGCUUCUUUAUUUCUACAUAAAACAGAGGAGCAGCAGUACAGAAACCAAACAAAUAUUUAUCAAUGAACUACGUAAUUUUGUCCACGUCAGUCUGUGUGUGAGCAGCGUGAACUGCCUCGCAGAUGCACUCUGUUAUUAUUUCAUACUGAAAGAAAACCUACAGACCGCAGAGCAAGACAGCAGAAUGAACACAGUCACAAAGGAAACACAUUAACACACUAAGACUGCAGAGAAGUGCAGGAGAAACAAGUAGAUAUUCAUCUGCAAAAAUGUUGUCACAUAUGAACACGGUUUCAUUUUACUGACAUGUUUAACUUCUGGGGUUUCAGUGUGGUAGUUGGUGUGAGUUUUAAAAAGUGGGAGUGGCCACAUACACUAACUGGCAUUAAUAAAUGAGCAACCUGUAAAUCUGUUACUCAUUCAUACCCACAAACAACACAGUGACUACAUGCGGUUUAGCUAAUAAUGUGUUUUAGAUUCAGAAUCUAAACUUAAGACACAACAAUAACUGAAAAUGUACAUUAUUGUAUAAGAACCUAGAAAAAGUAAGGGUUAUUAAAGUUUUAGCAAGAGAAGAGCUUCUGAGUCAAAUAAACUUUCUGAAACAAAUAGUUUGUUGUAUUUUUUUAGCUCUGUGAUCAGUGAGUUUAAGCCACAAUUUAUUUUUUAUAAAUUGUAAUUUCUUUUUUUUUCUGCAGUGAUCAGUGUCUGAUUGAACCAAGUGGUUUGUCCCACAGCUGCAGGAUCUAUUAUCUGUGUGCAGUUCUGCAUGUUGUUUCCUUCAUGUUCUCUGGUUUUCACCCACACUUUUGCACUCAUGAGUUGUGUGUGUAUAAGAAGCUGUUUCUAGCUAGAAAUAUCAGACAGACAGACAGACAGACACAGACAGACACACACACACACACACACUUUUCUGGCACACAGCAGUGCAGCUGCAGCUGUCUUACACCAGGAUGGUAAACCACUUCCUGUCUGAAUACUGUAAAUGUAAGCAGUUUUAUCUCUGGCUCUGAGUUCUGCUUUGAAAUCCAAAUCUCUUU